UGUAGAGUUAAAAUAAAUACAUUAUGAAAAGUGAAUAGAUAUCCAUUAUUGUAUUAAAUAUUUACACCUAAAUUGAAUUAGCAUUUUUCAAGUGAACAUUACAAAAUGAAUAAGCGUUAUGUCACGAUGUGAAAAAGAAAAUUUAUUCAUUACUACCUACUUUCCUGAACAGUUGGAUAAUCAUAUAUUUUAUACUUUGAAUGGUCCAUAUACUGAGGCUAUCGUGGAGUUUGCUGCACAACUUAAUGGAUUCAAUAGUACACUGCAGGAUUUCAUGUUUUUGGGUAGUGAUCGUUUCAAUGAACAAACAGGAAUAAUUGCAUCCAAUUUAUUGGAGAGGAUAUGCGGGCCAUAUCCUAGUUAUUUAUCACCAUUUACCGAUACAUUUGAAGAUAUUGUACACAGUUAUGUCUUACCUGUAUUAAUGGUUUUCGUGAUAAUUACAAAUUUCUUUGUUUGUCUCGUGUUAAGCCGACCACAAAUGAGAUCACCUGUCUUUCUGCUAUUGUUGAUUAUUGGUAUUGUAGAGUUGACAAACAGUUUUCUGCCUUUACCAAUGUAUUCUGCUCAGAGCUUAUAUAGACGAACUGCAUGGUGGACUGAUUUACCAGUCAAUAAUUUCACUGUUGCUGAAAAUGCAUUGAAGGAUACAAAUUGGCAACUAGCUCCAAGUAUGUAUUAUCAAACAAGCGAUAGUAUACUUGCAAGUGAAGCUUCAGCAUGGUCAACUGUAUUUCUUCCAACUAUAACGCAUACAAUAUCUGUAUGGUUAACUGUUGCUUUGGCUUUACAGCGUGUAAUUUAUUUAUUUAUUCAUGAUUUAGCAUUGAAACUGUGCACUUUGACUUCGACAGGAAUGACGUUUUUAGUAAUCUCCUGUAUUGCAUGUAUUUUACAUUGGCCUUUAUUAAGUUCGAGAUUUAUCUUAUUUCGACCACUCCAGCUGAGGUCAUCAUUUCACCUUCGUAACUCUAGUAGGAUCAUCAAUUUGAAUAAUUACGUGACUGAAAUGCAAAAUCCUACACGUUGUCUACCUGAUGUGGUACACUAUAUACCUGGUAUUGUAAUGAAAUGCCAUUUGACUCAACCAAAUUACAUGUUAUUGUAUUUUUACACAAGAAUUGUACUGAUCCAUAUAUUACCAUGUGGAUUACUCAUCAUACUGACAAUUAUUCUUCUCAUGAAAAUGCGCAGUAUAAUGAAGUUGAGAACACGUCUUGGUUUAAUCCACAAAAAACAUCCUUCGAAUACUGACCGUGCCAAGCAUGUAACCUUUUGUUGUUUAUCUGAACCACGUCGUCUAUCGAAUGAUUUUACCAACCAAUUGGGUAGUCUCACAGCUAAAAAUGUUAACAACCAUGAAAGCAUACAGAUAUCUGGUCACAAAACAUCAUCUGUCAAUCCGCAGGCUAUAUCUCGUAUGCUUGUUGUCGUUUUAGUCAAAUUCAUAGCCAUGCACUUGCCAAACGCUUUUCUUCUAACAAUUUAUGUCGUUAAAAGCAUGUACAAAGUGGAUCAUGUGGUACAAAACAGCACAAAUAUAACAAGAACAGCAACAACAACAACAACAGCGGAAGUGACAUCAACAGAACUGCUGACAGAAGUUGACAGUGGAUUCUUCACUUCUUUGUUAGUUCAUAAUUACACAGUUAACGCUUCUAACUAUGUCGAAUAUGGCUCGAAUAGUCUGGAAAGUAGUAAGACAUCGAAUUCACUAUCUGAGAAUAAUGAUCUUUUUGAUAAUUAUCUAGGCAAAGCAGUUAUUUUGUGUAACCUUGUAAUACUUGUAUCAUAUCAAUUAAAUUUUUUCAUUUACUACGCUAUGUCAACUCAAUUUAAAGAGACAUUUCACAGUCUGUGCUUUAGCAAACUGUUUAAACUUUGUAAGAUAUGAUGUGUUUUUCAUACAGCUUUACGACAUUCUAUAAAUACAUAUCAAAAAUUACAACAGAAUAUCAC